GAUCACGGUUGAACUUGAUGACCACCACCGACGCGGACAGGCUCAGUGCCGAACGCGCGCACUUCAAGAAGAGCCUGUCGAGAGCCCUCACAGAAGACGAGGACCCUCUUGCCACAUACGACGCCUUUGUCAAGUGGACGGUCAAGAACUAUGCCGAGAACGAUCCGGCCUCUGAGCUUUUGCAACUACUUGAGGAGGCGACGGAUGCGUUCCAGGGCGAUUCGAACUAUAAGACCGAUCUCCGAUAUCUGAAACUAUGGAUCUUGAGGAUACGACACCUCCCACGCGACCAAGGCAUCACGAAAUUCGCGUCAUUGAUGGCAGACAGCAUUGGAGUGUCUUAUUCGCUGUUCUAUGAGGAGUAUGCAGCGUUGUUGGAGAAGGAUGGGAGAUUCGCCGAGGCGGAUGGCGUAUUUCGGAAAGGGAUCAAACGCAAUGUGCGCGCCCUGGAACGACUGAAGACGCGAUACAACGAGUUCAAAGCGCGCAAACCAUCAUCAUCGGACUCCGAUCGCACUCCCACCCAGCCCUCUCAACCUGAAGCGUCCUCCUCCGCUUCAUCCGCCCCCGUCCCACCGCGGGCAACCUUUUCUGUCGACAGCUUUCUCGCCCUGCCAUUGAAAGAGCGAUACGCAGCCAUUUUCGCCCCACCAGCCCCUGGGAAACGCCCCGAGAAGCAGAUGUUUGAUCUCACGUUGCUAUUGAGCGACAAGGAGUACUGUAUCGAGGAAGCGCGGGCCAAGUCCAUGGGUCUUUACGGCAAGAGCUGGGCCCCGCCCCCACCUCCAUCCCAGUUCUCAUCGGCCACGCAGCCGAUUCAUUCCGGUGCCUCGUCGGCGGCCUCAUCCUCCUCGUUGAAGGUCAACUUUAACGACGACGGCCAGAGCACUUCGCGACUGAAGAGCCGACGACGGAGCAUCAUGGGUGGGGCAGAGCCGACCGUCACGAUCAACACGCGAGAAGCGCUGGACGAUGUCUUUGGGAUGUUCAACUCGCCGGAGAAGACGGCGAAACUGGCUGCUGUGGUAAAGAAGCCCGUCACACCGAUGGCUCCGCCAUCAAUGCGAAAGCCAGCGAACGAGAACGAGAACGCACACGCCAAAACGCCUCAGUCAAGUUUCCGACCGUAUGUGGAUGAGAACGAGAACGGGAACCAGAAUCGUAAAGAGAACACACCAGCCAAGUUCAUGCCCUUUGUCGAUCCCGAAGCGAGCAAAACACCGUCGUUCACACCUCGGAAUGUAUUGACCCUGCGAGAAACACCGACCACAGCUAGCAACACACGUCUAACGGCAUUCAAACCGCUAUCUUCUAGCAAGCUCACGGUUGUCCCUGAAGAUACUGGGGUGGCCUCAGAGAAAAGCGUAUUCAAGGUCUUCACGCCAGCUUCCGUUCUAUCAGAAAGCCAGCCGAAACCGACACCACUGCCGAUGCGGGACGUUUUCACAGACGAUCACGGGAAACCUUCACCCCCGAAGCCCACACACGAACGAGCCAAGUCGUAUCAAGACAGCGUUCCAGCGUUCACACCACGCGUCAGAGAACGCCUUCACGCCAGGUGGAGGGAGUUCUGUGUUCACCCCGUUCAAAGACAUUCCGCGGCCGGCACCGACGACAUUCACACCAUAUCAGGAACCUGCCGACACACCGCCCGUAAGCACGGAGAUUCCAGAGGAAGAUCAGUACGAAAACGACUAUCAAUACGAAGAUGAGGAGAUGGAGGAACCGCCACAGGCCGUGGAGGUUUACGAGGAAGGCGCCGAGGAUUCAUAUCAGGCCCCGCUCGGUGGACGGUUCGGGUCGUUCAAUGUCAUGACGCCGAUCACAGAGCGCACCUUCGAAUACACGGCCAGGUCCUCCGUUUUCAACGGGACACCCAGCCGAGGGCAGAUCGAGGACGACACGCGGCGGAGCGAGCAGUUUGCUCUAGACAGUGCAGAGCGGCUGGCUGCAGAGUUGCAAGAAGAAGACGAGAAGGAGGCGGCCGAGGCCGAGACGGAGACGGAGGCGGAUAACAAGUCUACGAGACUGGCUCAUGCCCUGAAAUCGAGCUCAAUGUUCCGCCCGACGAAUCCAUGUAACCCGUUCGAGGAAUCGGUCAUGUCUGCGCUGCUUUCGCUGACGGUGCCGGACCGGUAUUUCUACGAUCUGGAGCACGAGGACGCGAAUCUGCUCGAUGCACUGCAGAAAUUCACCAAACGCGGUCGGAAGAGCAGUGGGGAGGUGCUUGAAGGUGGUCGAUACUCGCUCAAUCUUCACGGCCAUCGCUUCGGCGUCACCGACAAGCUGGGUGAAGGCGGGUUCGGCGCAGUCUUCCGAGCCAAGGAUCUCGGCAACAAACAGGAAGACGAUGACGAAGAGGAGGAAGACGACGAGGAAGACGACGACGACGACGAAAUGUCAUCCGCCGUUGCACUGAAAGUCGUACGACCGCGGAAUGUCUGGGAAUACCGAGUCUUGCGACGCCUGCAUGCUGCCGUAGAGCCUCAUCUCCGGCAAUCGAUUGUGCUGCCGCACGCGUUGUUUGCGUUCCGGGACGAGAGUUAUCUUGCGAUGG